AAUUUAGUUGCUAAUUAAAAUAUGAAACACACCCUCUGUUAAGAGUGGAACGCUUAUAAAAGGGCCUUCACCAUCCGACUAUAUCUCUCAUUCAUUUCGCUUCACAUUUGGAUACAAAUCUCUACUUUCAGUUCUCGUUUUAUAAAAUUUGAGCCAAGUGGUUAAGGAGGACACAGAGGAGAAGAAGAUGAAGUAUGUGGUGGUUUCAGGUGGAGUAGUGAGUGGACUCGGAAAAGGAGUCACGGCAAGUAGCAUCGGACUCAUCCUCAAAUCAUGUGGUUUCCGAGUCACCGCCAUUAAAAUCGAUCCUUACUUAAACAUAGAUGCCGGGACCAUGUCACCUAUUGAGCAUGGUGAAGUUUUUGUCUUGGACGAUGGUGGCGAGGUUGAUCUUGAUCUUGGGAACUAUGAGAGGUUUAUGGACAUUAAGCUGACCAGUGAAAACAACAUAACUACCGGAAAGGUUUAUAAGCAUGUGCUUGAGAAAGAGAGGAAAGGAGAUUAUCUUGGGAAAACUGUUCAGGUUGUUCCACAUAUCACUGAUGCUAUUCAAGAAUGGAUUGAGCGUGCGGCUAGGAUUCCAGUUGAUGGACAGUCAGGUCCAGCUGAUGUUUGUGUCAUAGAACUUGGAGGAACCAUAGGAGAUAUAGAGUCCAUGCCUUUUAUUAAUGCUCUUGGACAGUUCUCCUAUCGUGUAGGCUCUGAGAAUUUUUGCUUGAUCCAUGUCAGUCUUGUGCCUGUAUUGAAUGUUGUUGGUGAACAGAAGACUAAACCAACGCAACAUAGCGUUCGAGACUUAAGAGGCCUUGGCUUGAGCCCCAACAUCUUGGCUUGUAGAAGCGCAAAGCCACUUGAAGAUAACGUGAAGGCCAAGCUCUCUCAGUUUUGCCAAGUUCCGAUGGAAAACGUUGUCACUCUCUAUGAUUGCCCCAACAUUUGGCACAUUCCAUUGCUUCUCAAAGAACAAAAGGCACACGAGGCAAUUUUGCGUGUCCUGAACCUUACAGGAGUUGCCAAGGAGCCUGCACUAGAGGAGUGGUCUUUGAUGGCUAAAAUGAGCGACAAGUUGCAUGUUCCUGUCAGAAUUGCUGUGGUGGGGAAGUACACUGAGCUCUUAGAUUCCUACCUUUCCAUCCACAAGGCUCUCCUGCAUGCUUCUGUGGCUAGGCGCAAGAAGCUAGUCAUAGACUGGAUCUCAGCUAGUGAUCUUGAACUUGGAGCAAAAAAGGAGAAUCCAGAUGCAUACAAGGCCGUCUGGAAGUUACUUAAGGGUGCUGAUGGCAUUCUUGUUCCGGGAGGUUUUGGGAAUAGAGGUGUACAAGGAAAGAUACUAGCAGCUAAAUACGCCAGAGAGAACAAAGUUCCAUACCUUGGUAUCUGUCUAGGUAUGCAACUCGCUGUGAUCGAGUACGCAAGAACCGUACUCGGUUUGUCAGACGCAAACAGCACUGAGCUUGAUCCUAAUACCAAAAGCCCUUGCGUUGUUUUCAUGCCUGAGGGCUCUAAAACGCAUAUGGGAGGUACUAUGAGGUUAGGCUCAAGAAGAACUUACUUCCAAGCUAAAGACUCCAAAUCAGCAAAACUGUAUGGGAACAGAAGUUUUGUUGAUGAAAGACACCGACACAGAUAUGAGGUGAAUCCAGCAAUGGUUCCACGUUUAGAGAGCGCUGGACUCACAUUCCCUGGAAAAGACGAGUCUGGUCAGCGAAUGGAGAUCGUUGAGCUGCCAAACCAUCCGUUUUACGUUGGAGCUCAGUUCCAUCCCGAGUACAAGUCAAGACCAGGAAAGCCAUCUCCUCUCUUUCUAGGACUAAUUGGAGCAGCUUGUGGAGAGCUAGACAACGUACUGCAACAAAGCUGCCAAAAAACAGCUGUCUCGCGUCCUCAGUCCAAUGGGAAGCUCGAGAGAGUUUACUUGAAAGGCGCAGCGAAGAAGCCAGUCAGUGUUGUAUACAGUUUAUGCUCAUGAACGUCUCAUGCAUCAAGGAUGACUUCUCUCUCUUAAAAAAAGCUAUUUUAUCCGGAUUUUUUUUAACAUGGAGGGAGAGAGACAAAGGGUGUACAGUUUGAAGAUUUGGCUUUUUUUUUUUAUGAGAUGGGGUUUGUUAAGAUUAUGAAGAAGAAGAAGAACACUAAACACAAGCAAGUAUUAUUAUACCUUUGUCUUUUGUAAUGGGUACUAUUUAAAGAGUGUCAUGGGAUUGACUCUCUCUGCUGCUGUGUUUCUUGGUUUCUUAUGUAGUAGUAGUAGUUAGUACCAUCUCUCAUUAGCCUUUUGUGUUUGUUUGUUUCUUUCUUUCUUUUUAUGGUUUAAACAUUUCCAGAGAAGUACCAAUGUUAAGGUUCUCUGGUAUGUUAAUGUAGUUACCAUGUUAUUUGAAUGGUUAUGUUAUACAACUAGUAAUCUUCUUUUUGUUUA